AUGUACCAGGAGGGAGAUCUCAGUGACGGGCGGGAUAUGAACAAAUCGUCGAAAAUGCCGUUGGCCAAAAAGCGCAAGGCUCAAGCAGUAGCUAGUGAGAUAGACAUGAGCGAAGAUCAAGACGAACUCGAUCCCUCCCUACGAACCCUAGCUGAAGAUGCACUUGCGGACACAAUCGAAGUCACUGCUAGAGAAGACACUGCACUGGAGACUCCCUCGAAACGAGGAAGAGGCAGACCGAAAGGCGCCAGAAACAAGCGUACACCUACUCCCGACGGUGAUAUUCCUCCUGAAGAGCGCUACUUCUUUCAGACUCGAGUCGGUCCAGCUAAUCAACAACCUACUUCUACAAACUCUUUCUCUGCUCUUGGCCUUCUCACCCAUGACGAAUACCUCGCUGAAUCGCGCAAGUACAAAGACCCUCAUGAGCUGGAAAUGAGAUAUCUGUUGAAGCUGCACGGAAGAGCGUUUCCACAAUGGCAGUUCGAGCUGGAUCAGGACUUUAGUAUAUGUUUGUAUGGUUGGGGAAGCAAGAGACAGCUAGUCACCAACUUUGCCGAGUAUCUUUGCCAUCAAGCUGCAAAGAAGAACGCACCACAUCCCAAGAUCGUUGUGAUUAAUGGCUAUGCCCACAAGCUCAACGUACGACACGUUUUAAAUACAAUUGCUACAGCUCUUCAUGCAGACCCUGACGAGGAAGAUCCAGCACCAGUCCGUCUCGUUGGCCAACCUCAAGACAUCCUCGAUACCCUGUUGACUAGGCUGAAUAAUACUCCUUUUCGAAUCCACUUGUUGAUCAAUAGCAUCGAUCAUGUAUCCUCUCCCUUUCGCACGACCGCCAACCAGGCUUUGCUAGCACGACUUUCAGCACAUCCGAUGAUCAAUACCUUGAUGACUUGCGAUACUCCAACCCUUAAUUCGAUCUUUCCGUCCAAUAUUCGUGAUCAGUAUAGCCUCCUGUUCCACGACGCCACCACCUUUGCUGCUUACGACACAGAAACGAACGUUGUGGACGAUGUAAACGAACUGCUUGGCCGAAAGGGUCGACGUGUUGGUGGUAGCCAAGGUGUCAGCUUUGUGCUGAAAUCACUACCCGAGAAUGCCCGCAAUCUCUAUCGACUUCUUCUCUCUGAAAUUCUUACAAUCCUGAACGAUGACGAGACAGGUGGAAUACCAGAGCCAGAAGAUGAAUUUAUCGAUCCUAGUCUACUUGAUGCAACAGCAACACCACGGAAGCAAAAUGGCCGCAGUCAGGCAGCAGAAGACAUUGGUAUCGAAUACAGGACCUUGUAUCAGAAAGCUAGUGAAGAGUUUAUCUGCUCGAGCGAUAUGAAUUUCCGAUUUUUACUCAAAGAAUUCCACGACCAUCAGAUGUUGACCACGCGGAAAGACGCAAGCGGCACUGAAAUGCUAGGCGUGCCACUUGAUCGUGGAGAGAUGGAGAACGUGUUGGAAGAAUUAGUACUUUGA